UUUAAAAGUUUCCACGGCUAAGUUCCGGGAACGGGAUUGGUUCGUGUUGUUUGUCUCCAGUUUUCUAUAGAACCUUUUCACUUUGUUGAUCAAGCUUUUGAUUUAUCAGGGACAAAAAAUAUUAUGCAAAAUUGGUAUACAAGUAAAUGGCUGCUGUGGAAACAUAAAAAAGGAAUAUAUACUUAUAAAACAAACCAAGAUCUUACGCCUUCUGUACUUUACAUGAUUUUCUUAGAGGGAUACUGUAAUGACAGAUAACACUUUCAUACAGUAUUAUAGCUAGCCAAAAUAAAGUUUACUGAAAUUAUGUUUGGUAGUCCUGCUAGUGAGGAACAUGGUCAAUUAUUUAAGGUUGUAUUAUCUGGAGGCCCCCCUUGGGGAUUUACAUUAACUGGAGGCAGUGAAUUUGGUUCAAGAUUAUGUGUAAAAAAGGUAACCGAUGAGAGAAAAGCAAUUCAUGGUAACUUAUGUUCUGGUGAUGAGAUAUUAUCUGUUAAUGGGAAGAAUUGUACAUCCCGUGCAAAUGCAAUUCAGAUGGUUCGUGCUGUUGAAGAUGAACUUACAUUGAAAAUAUGCAGGUGGAAUAAUGACAUAUCAAGAAAGGAGCUACCAAAUGAACUUGAACCAAACCACAUGUACACCAAUAUGGUUGAAAACAUGAAUGAUCUGUCUCAAAGUACAUAUUCAUUAAAAAGAAAAUCCAUUCAAAAAAAACAUUUUAAUAAUAACGAUAACACAAUGAAUGGAAAUUAUAAAAUCAUUUCAAUAAAUAAGAAAGGCCCUUCAAAUGAACAUAGUAUACGCAUAGGUAUACCUAACAAUAAAGACAUUGAAGACGAGCUGUUAGAUGCUCCCACUUAUAAUGAAGGGAGUGUAGACGAACCAGUCAAAUAUAAAACACAGAGUUCAUUGCAGAGCCCACAACAUCCACAACGUCAAAAGGUGACAGUGAAAAUGGUGCCUGCAGCCCAAUCUAGACAACUUGCGACUAAUCCACAAGGUUACUUUCCACAAGAAGCGAGUAGAAUAGUCUAUCCUGGUCAAGAUCAAACAGAUCACGUUGCAAGUGAACCUCUACAGAAGGUGUCGACCGCGCGAGCAAUGUUCGAGAGCAUGUCCUCGUCUAAUAUUCAUCAAAAGAAACAAGCAAAUGUUAAAGUGAUGAGAAAACAAAGUUCAUUUUCAUUAUUGGACGAGAAACCAACUGAAAAAGGAAUGUCACACAUGCCUGCACCGGCGCUUAUUCCUCAACACGGUCAUUCUAGAUCACUACCCAUAGAAAUGGCUGGGAAGGAGUUCGAGAUGGCUUUGGCUGCAUAUAAACAAACCAAAAUGCCAGCAGCACCUGGUUGUAAAACGGGAGAAAGUCGUUCCUUACAAAGACCAAAAUCUGCGCACUAUUAUGAAAGUGAAGAAGCUGCAUCUAAACAGGAGGCGCCUUCUGUACCCCAACGGUACAGCACGUCAGACAUUAUGAGAUCGUUUCGUAACAAGGGUGGAUACCAAAGUGCAUCCUUUGAGCAACAAAACGUGUUCAUACCAAGUUACUCAUCCGAAGAUUUACGAAAUGUUAGUAAAGAGGAUAUAACUAAAGGAAGGGCGUCCUCCUCUGCUAAGAACGAUUCUGCGAACGAGUUAAGGCAAGCAGCGAAUAGAUAUCACCAAGAAUUAAUGAAGAACUACCCGAAAUUCAGACAUUCGAUAGCGAUGAAUGACACUUCGGGUAAAUUCACGCGUAAAGUUUCUUCACCAGCAGAAGAUGCGUUUGGUCGUGGGGAUCCGCACAGAGCUACUAUUGCCACUGCAUCUAACGCCCGCAUACCUAGAUCUUAUUCUGCAAACGAUUCGCUAGAAAUAAAAGGCAUUCAAGAUGCUUUAUCGAAGUCCCAUGAUAAUUCAAUGAUGUCAAGGCUACUACAUGAUCAAAAUCAAGUGGCUUUGGUGAAAAUCGAGGAAGAAUCCAAAGCUGCAAGCAUCGCAACAGAAAACUCAGCUGUACUCAGACGCUGUUCUACAGAGCCUGAAAAGGUGUUAAGCAGAAGUACAUCUACAGUUGAUUCUUAUCGCGUUGUAGACGAUUAUUCGAAACAAUCAGCGAGAAAGGAUCUUGAGUCGUCGUUUCAGCAAAUAUCAAGUAAAAAAUUGGAUUCAAGUAUGAGUUUAGACCAUGACUACAGACCGUACGUAACUGAGAACACGAACACGGCGGCAACAAAAACGUACUCUCCUUCGCAGCAGCAUAUUGACAAAACUCCUGUUAUUCGUGAACAGAAUUUUAUCGAGAAUAUACGAUAUAACAAAAAACCAGUUGAAGAAACGCCGGUCAUUCAAAGUAUUCGUGAUCAGCCUCGUAUUGAAGACAUUGAAGAGAGGCUAAAAGAGUGUUCAGUCACUCGAUAUCCGGAUCAAAAAAUAAUAGAUAACGUACAUAUAGAAACAAAAACAAACGUAACUUUAAAUCAGAAUUCAAAGUUAAGUGAAAUUCCCGCGGAGGAGAGGGUCAGGAGUCUGUCGAAUUCGUGGAAUAUAGAAACAGAUAUCGACUCUGAAGAAGCUGAACAGAUUAUACAUAGAAAAGACCCAAGCACUGAUAGUGCGGUGUACAUGAUGCACGAAUCUACUCAAUUAUCCCAUUUCAAACCAUUGAGUCACGAAAGUAUCGACAACAGAGACGAAAUGUCUCGUAGUGAACAAAACAGGCCCGAGGAAGAUUUCAACAAUGAUGACUAUUUUCCCCCUCCUCCUGAUGAACUAUUGCAAGACGAUGAAGAGCAUGAAUCACUCGUUGAAAAAGAAAAGCCGCAGAGAACUAUAAAUCGUAAGAAAAAGGAUUCGAAUGCUUUAACAAGUAGGAAUAAUUCAUGUGUUAGUACGGACUCAACUACAAGUACGACAACGGUUGAUUCUGGAAUUGUAGUAAGGUCAGAUUCAAGUCCUCGCACCAGUCCUCUGUCUAGUGAGCAAUAUCAAGAUUUAUCGGGAUCUCGUGAAGCUCUUGACGACGACGUUGCGGCGCUGAACGAUGAACCACAUGCAACAUCGACACCUGAACGACACGAACAAGCCAAAGAGGCCGGUUAUCGGUUGCUGCGCCACGGCUCUGUCGAAAGUCCUAGAAACGGAUCGGCAGAUAGUAGCGGUGCUAACAGUAGGCCGGACAGUAUGUUGGGGGGAAGCCCGAGAAUUGAAGAUUUGGAUAACGAAAAGGGUAAACUUAUCGGGAGUAUGCGUGAAAAAAUAACCGAGUUGCGCGACCAAGAACAAGAAAUUUCGGACGAGAUCCGACUAAAUGAGGAGCUGGGAAAGAAAGUUCUGAGUAUGGUGGAGGCGAAAGCUACUCAGAGUGAAUUCUCUAAGUUUGAGUUGUUCAUUGGUGAGUUGAACAAGAUUGUUGCCCUGUUGCUCUCGCUUACCCAAAGAUUACAUCGAUACGAACUCAUGCUGCAAGAUCUUGAUAUGUCAGAUGAGAACGACAAAGCUAAGAAAGAAAUGCUUGUUUCUAAAAUCGAUAAGUUAAAAAGUCAACACGAAGAAGCGUGUUAUUUACGCGACGUCAACGACAAACGCGGCGAUAACGUGGCGACGUUUCUAGAGAAAUAUUGUACUGAAGAGGAGUUCGCUGAUUUUCAGUACUACGUUGACAUGAAAUCACAAUUAGCUCUCAUGCAAUCGGAGAUACGAGAGAAAGUGAAGCUUGGCGAAGAAAGACUGAAAGCGCUAGAGCAGACUGGCUCUGAGUGGGGGUUUGGUUAGCUUAGAAUAAUAGUAGGAAGAUGAAUUACUGGCCGAAUUAUUUGUAUAUAGUAUUCUUAAAAAUUAUGAUAAAUAUUAUGCUUCCAUUUUUAUGAUGAAACAAAAUGAUAUAUGAAGUUAGGAAAACAUCUAUUUUUUUAAUCCCAUUGUAGAAAAAUAACUUAGAAGGAUUUUCGUGGAUAACUCUUCACAAUUUUUAUAAAUGUUAUGCUUCGAAUAAACCACAUCCUUUUGUUCUCUUUGAGGAAACGCCCUUACGUAAACUUAGCCUCCACCCAAGCUCUUACCGCCAUCCCUUUUCCCGUUACCUCCCAACUAGUUUAUUCCACUAUGUAGCAGUUUACCUUAAUUCUAAAGGUUCGUUAAAAAAGACACGAAUGUCCUACAAAGUUUAGAAAAGUAGUAUUUCUUAUAUGUUAUCCAUUAUUUGUCGUGUUAGACUGGACGACAUAUGUUAUCUAUUAUUUGUCGUGUUAGACUGGACGACAUAUGUUAUUUAUUAAUCACUACUUAAACGGGAUGGAUUUUCUGUAGAGCUAUUGGAAAUACACAAUCGCUUGUUUUGCUUGAUUGUUCAGGUUUUUAUCAACUUUUUUUCUCUUCUUUUUGCUCAUUUUUAGAGUUAAUUUUUUUGUUAAGGCUUACAUUUAACGUAAAUAGAAUCCACUUUUUUGAACAUUCCCUCUUACAUAUCUUACUUACGUAUCUUUCUAAUUUUUUUUUUCGGACAACUUUUUUACAAACGCUAUUUCUGUUAGCACAAGUUUUCUUGUAAGAAUAAAAUGAUUCUGGCCACACCACCUAUCUAGAGAUUCAGCUGAUAUGGAUAGCAUUUCAUCUUAGAGGAGGCGAUCGUUAACUAAUGUGUGGUCAAUUGAUAUAUAUUACUUUGUUGACGCCCUUCUUAACAGUGGGCCUUUUUUGUGCGAUCAAAGAUAUUUUCCGAUUUUUAAUACGGAAAGGCGUUCGUGCUAACACCUUUGUAAAGAUAAUUAUUAUCAGCGGAAAUAUGUUGUAUUUUUCGCCAAUAUACCGUUUCUUUUUUA